GAAUAUGUAUUUCCUCUCUCCUCUCUCUCUCUCUACACUUGAGGGUUUUCCAAGGCAGAGGUAACCUCAUAUUAAAGCCUAGCCUUCCAUUAGGGUAUAAAUACAAAGAAGCUGUCUUCCACAAUCAAUUUGGUGCCUCAAAAUUAAUCUAGAGAGAGAGAGAGAGAGAGAGAGAGAGAGAGGGGGCAUGGGAGCAGUGCAGGAGUGUGUGUCAAGCUUGUGCUUGUGCAUGUUCACUACUACCACCACAAAAUCCAAAAGGAGAUCAAUGCAGACUGUGGAGAUCAAAGUGAAAAUGGAUUGCGACGGAUGCGAGAGACGAGUCAAGAACGCCAUCAAGAACCUCAAAGGAGUGAAGAGUAUCGAGGUUAACCGCAAGCAAAGCCAAGUGACCGUGACCGGCUGCAUCGACCCCAACAAGGUAUUGAAGAGCGUGAAGAACACGGGCAAGAGGGCCGAGUUGUGGCCUUAUGUCCCAUACAAUGUUGUCCAAUAUCCUCAGUCUUUCGCUCAAGCGUACGACAAAAGGGCCCCCGCCGGCUACGUCAAGAACGUCCAGCCGCAGCCGCAGGCAGCCACCACGGCCGAGGAAACCAUUACAUAUCUCUUCAGCGACGAAAACACCAAUGCUGCUUGCUCCAUCAUGUAAUGUAAUGUGAUUAACUAGAUUUAUUUUGUAGCACUAAUUAUAAUUUUAUAAGGAUCGGAUCGGAUCA